AUGACAAUGGUUUUCAAUGCUUCACAAAAACAGCUUGUUCUUGCAAUUCUAUUGGCUUUGUCUCUGGCAAAUCUUCUGACUUUGGCGGUAGCACCACCCGGUCGUUCCAUGGGUGGAUCGUCGUUCUCUUCGGGAGGGCAACUUUUAUUCUUGGCUGUGCUCUAUAAUGUGUUUGUGUUCGCUAUGCUGUUCACCUGCGUUGAUUACUGCUGCUGUAGGAGGCAUGGUGUUCUCAUGCUUCAGAUUGGGUUAUCAGAGAAGGGACGCUCCAUUCAAAGAGAGCUUAAUGCAAUUGCCAAAACUGCUAACACAUCUGGAUUCCACAAAAUAUUGACAGACACCAGCAACGCCCUUCUUCAAGAUCUCGAUUACUGUAUCGCGGGUUAUUUAAUUUGUGAUAUUGGUCAAACACUCUUUCAGAAUUGGAAACCUGUUUACCCAGUAAUUGUUCCCGCUCGAGAAACAUUUCCUGUGAUUCCUUAUGAUGCUGCAUUGUUUUCCUACUAUAUUUACUCUUGUUGGCCAGCUCAAGUAAUGAUCCUGGUGGCUAUUCAUGGGCGGUACACUUUACCUGUCAUCAAGAGCAGGGAAAGCUUGAAGGUGGCCUUGCAAUAUUUGGGUUGCUCCCUCACAGUUGUUGACAUUGAGGCUGUGCAUGUGUUAUGGACUCCCCAAAACGAAGAUGAUGCAUUGUUAGAGGAGGAGCUGCAUAAAGAUUACCCACUUUUGAAGCCGAUAUAG